AGAGCCUCAGACAUGGAUGACCCACUCACAAAAUGGCUCCACUUUACACAGUAACAUCAACAACACGGCAGCAGCGAAUAUUUGACCAUUGAAUGCAGCUAUCAGUUCAAACGAUUGACUAAUUGAGCAACAAAAAAAAACAAACCCCUCCAUAGGACAUAUGGACUUGAGUGUGUGGUGAGAAAGAAAGAAAGAGAGAGAAAGGAAGAAAGAGAGAAAGGAAGAAAAAAAAAUGAUGGAAAAACGGCAGCCCGACGGGAGUCCCGACGCCGAGUCCGGUCCUCGAAAGAAGAAGGACUCCAUCUCCAGACUGAACGGAUGCAAUAAAGACGAGGAGCAGGAGGGGGGAGAGGAGGAGGAGGAGGAGGAGGAGGAGGAGGAGGACGACGACUCGGGGGAGGCGGGGAACCUCGCCGGGGAGGGGGCGAAGGAGACGGAUGACGUUCCUCUGCAGAACUUGAGCAACGGGGCCGUCAGCAUCAACGGCGUUGCCAGGGAAACUGCCUCUCUCGACGCCCUUGACCUGAAAAGGGAAGUGCCCGUGAUCGAGCUCUCCAGGAGAGACGCUAUAAAAGCGGCGGAGCGGAGGACGGAGAGCCAUUUGGUGCCCAUCACGGAGCUCCGCCGCCCUCCCGUGCCGCUGCCGCUGCCGCACCGAGACGACGCUCGAAUGGUCCAGCUGAGCCCGAACGCGUUCCCUCUGCCGGCGCGAGCGAUGCUGUACAACCUGGCGCAACCUCUCGCUGCCAUCAACAGUCUCGGAGGCGAGUCGGAGCAGUACGGCAUGUACCCCAGCAACAGGGUAAAGCGCCGCCCGGCGCCUUACGAGGUUGAACUCGACGAGGGUAGGCGCAUUUUAGAUCUUUAUAAGUAUGCUGGACAGCCGAAGAUCGUGCGCCGGAUCUUCACAAACAGUCGCGAACGUUGGCGACAGCAGAAUGUAAACGGGGCGUUCGCGGAGCUCCGUAAACUCAUCCCCACGCACCCCCCUGACAAAAAGCUGAGCAAGAACGAGAUCCUGCGGCUGGCCAUGAAGUACAUCAGCUUCCUCUCCAACCUCCUGGAGGACCAGGAUGGAGGCCGCAACGUCGGCGGCGCCGGCGACGGGGAAACGGGGCUGCUGGUCGGCGUCGGGGCGCACGAGGGAGGACCCCAAGGCGGGCCACAUCAGGACACGGUGGUCAGUUUGGCAAGGGACGAUCUUCUGGAGACCAUGUCACCGGGGUCCAGUUGUGGGAGUCUACCCGACGGAGAUGGGGAGGGAAGCCCUGAAAGCUUUAUGGAGGACCAGGACUCCCCUCCGGCUCCGAGGACUCUGCCGGCCACACGCGGACCCCCACUUCAUCUGAGCGCCAGAGACCUGAGGCGCAAUGGACGGCCAUUAGACGGCCCUAACCGCCGAUGAUGCCGACGCCGGUGACACAGACGGCAACGGAACAACACAAAACACUUAUGAAAUGCAAGUGAGGCGGAGCGGGGGAAUGGCGUUUGAGACGCUCACUGCGUUAUUAGCGUUGAGUCUGCGGCGUUUGAGCGGAGGUUCAGAUUCUACGUAGCAAAAUAGCGAGGGAAGGAGCGCGCACCCCUGCCGUGACACUCCAUCUGACCAGCGUAUCGGCGGAUGUAACUUGGUGUGAUUCGGAAAGCUGAUCCGAGAACAGACUUGUAAAUUCUGCAUGUCUCCUGUCUUUGACUGGCCUGCGGAUCAGAACUCCCAAUAUUCUACGAUAAGAAUAGUUGAUGUAAUAAAAAAAAAACUAACUAAAAAAAACAAAACAACAACAACAACCACAACAGGCAAAUAUCAGAAAACAAAACAAGAUGAGUUUCAACAUUUUAAUAACCAAUGCAACGGUGCUGCUUUUACCAUUACUAUGAGGUGUCGCAAGGAGAGACCAUCACGUUCAUCUAUCCUGAAAAUGUCACGAGCCUCUUCUGUGGUUUUCCUUUUUUUUUCUCGUUUUGAUAUUCGAUAUGAUCUGAAAUCAGUUCUAGAGAUCUCGAGACAUACUCCCAACUCGAUUACAGCUCAGAAAUCUCACGCAACCCCACCACACAGAACCGGUCUGAAGGCCGCCGGUGGUAAGAACUGUGCUACUGAGUCGUAACCGUUCGGUAUUUACGUACUGUAAAUAACAUUAUAACCCCACCACACCGAGUAUUAACAGCGGGCCGAGGUCAAGCAACGUGGUUAGGACGGUGCGCUUGUCUAAGGGCCUUCUUGCAAACGAAAGGAGGGGAAAGGGGACCAGCUGAUAGAAACUCAAAAUGUUAACUAGCCAACCAUCCUCUUUUUUUUUUCUUUUUUUUUUUUUGCAUCUUUAGUGGUACCACGGUGUUUACUUCUGUUAUGCUUUGGUGAUGAAAAAAAAAACAAAAAAACAAAAAAACCCCACACCAAACAAGGCUACAGACAGUCAGACGAGAUUUCACAGCCUGAAGGCAAAAUAUAACAUUCUGAAUUUGCUGCGGAGGUACAUGACAUGCAGUGUUUCUUAGAGUGUACAUGAUGUGGGUCAUCUGAGACGAUGAAAUGACUCAUGCAGUCCUUUUUUUGUUUUGUUUUUGAUGUUUUUUUCUUUUAAUAUGAAUGUCUAUGUUUCAGUGUUUUUUUUCAAAUUUUUUAAUGUAAUGCAGUUGUAGUCUAGUAAGGUACACAAAUAAAGCCCUUCAUUAGCCAACUUAAUAACUUAAUACAUUCAUGCGCGCUCACAUGCUCAUAUGCACGCACGCACACACACACACAUACAUGCAAACGCACACGUGCAUGUGCACACACACAUACAUGCAAACACACCUGCAAGUGUGCACACGUACAUGCAGUACACACACGCAUGUGCACACACACAUACGUGCAAACACACAUGCAAGUGUGCACACACAUACAUACACACAUGCUUGCAAACACGCGCGUGUGCACACCUACACACACACGCACACACACACCUGCACGUGCACACACACACACACAGUGUUAAUAUCAUAAGGACACCAGCAGUUUUUUGAAAGAGACGGUCAAGAUAUUGCUCACUGUUUGUUGGUUAUUCUGCCUUUUCAGCAGGACUUCGUAGCCUAUAUUGGUACAUUUGUUCACUAUGGUAUUUUAUGAAUUGAAGUAAAGGGACAUUGUUUGGUAAUAACACCUUUGUUGUAUGAUAGAUGUAUCUAUAAAUAUAUCCAAUGUUCAGUCAAUGGAUUUUAUACAAAAAAAAAACCCACCCGAAUAAAAGGCA